GUUGGAUUCUUUGUGGAAAGUUUGUGCCAUGAUCCUGCAAGAAAAUUGUCUUAUUGAAAGAUCUUGUUGCUAAAUCUUAUCAAGAGGUCUGUCCGAUGCAUCUCCCUCGCGAUCAAGGUCCUAGGAUCCAUUGUACUAAAGAUCUUAGUGACAACAACAAAGAAGACCAUGACGCAGCAGGAAAAGAAAAGAUCGCAUUCAUCUGCUCACCAUCUGCGGUUGGAAAGCGGUUAGUGAGGGCGAAUGCUGGGAGGUUGGGACCUCUAAGUCCAGGGCUGAAGCGCUUCGAGAACAAUCGGAACACGAAUGCGAGGGGCUUAAAGCUGAAAAACAAAGGAAAAGCGUCGAUAGUCAGGACUUCUGGCGAGGUCAUACGCCUCUAGGAUUUGUAAGCUUUCGCAUGCGACUUCCUAUGGAGCCAGGAAAGCGCAUAAGGCAGGGGAACCAGUGAAAGCACACAAAGUUGCCGCAUUUGGGAGAAGUGCACUAAACAGUCCAGGCUGCGGGAAGCACAGAGACCUUUACCGGAGAGUUUAAAAGUUAGUAGCUGUGACGGAUUUGCAAGAUGAAGUUCAUCGCACUUACUCUAUAGUUACAUUUUAUUCAUAUCUAACUCCACUAAGCGCUUGGUGUGGACACUAAAGGAUUAGAGCCCGUUGUGCAAAAAGGCAUUUGCUUGAACAAGUUGAACUAAUUCAUUGUUGGUAUGUAACUCUGUGUGUCUGCAGCGGGCCCUCAGAGAUCUAGAGCCACGUGAGGCAGCUAAGUUCUAGGCCAUACAAGAGCUGCGUACUAUGAGGUGGAAUGUGUGCUAUGAGGGGGAAAAGCACUAGUUCUAGCAACUUGGCACUGCAAUUCUACUCACCUGACAAUGAACUAUCAGAACUAGUCAUCUCUCCGGAAGAUGCGAGGAGCAGCAUUAACAUACAGGAUUGCAUGUGCUUGUUCCACGUCUGCUGGGUUCCACAUCUGCUGGUGUAGCUGUAUUGUUAUUCUAUGAAGACUGUCUACCAUGGUACCAACAUCACGAGAGAUUAUAUUAUUGCAGCCACCUCCAGUUCAUCUUGUAAGUGUUGCAGCC